UUUCGAGGCGAUUAAAAUUUAAUGAAUCCUGACCAUCUACUCCUAUAAUAAUAUUAAUCUUAUUAUUUUGAUCUAUCUUCUCCGCUAGUUUUCUUCUUUAAAAACGAGGGAACUUUCUUUAGCUCAACGCACAAACCAAUCUCCAAAAUUUUGUUUAUCUCUUAGUAAAAGUAAAAACAAAAGAGAAGAAAUGACGACGAACAGUAUGUGUUGUAGUAGGCUUGUGAUUGCACCGAAACCAAUUGACAAUAGAAUCCUCGUAUCGCCGAUUGGUAUUCGGGUGUUUGUACCUCAUGGUACAACCACUACUGCAAGGCCCACCUCGAGUUCUAGGGUUUGUGUUGUUCGGGCUUCAAUGGUGGACUCCUAUGAGAGCUCCUUCGAUUUCGUUAAGCGCAUGGAGAAAGCCUGGUUAAUCUCUCAGCAACCCAGACCAAUUAAUUGUACUUCUUGCAACUCAAACGGACAUGUUGAAUGCAAAUGGUGUGGGGGUACAGGCUUCUUUAUUCUUGGGGAUAACAUGCUCUGCCAAGUCCCUUCAAGAAACUCCAGUUGUGUUAUUUGUUCUGGAAAGGGAUCAAUGUGUUGCUCUGAUUGUAAGGGAACAGGCUUUCGUGCCAAGUGGUUAGGAGAGCCUCCUAUUUCCAAGUAGCAGUAUUGCUUCUCAGUUGGUGAAAAGAUCCAUAAAGUAUGUUAGCAGUAGCACCAAGGCAAUUGCCAAUUAACUUGUAGUGUUGUCUUAACUAAAUGGGCGCCGAUGUAUGUCAAAUUGCUUUUUGAUAUGUAACAUGAUGUUUGGAAGUGCAA